AUGACUUCGCUUACUUCAUUCGGACCAACUGUUGUUGACGAGUCGGCUCUUUUCUCCACCAGCCACCCCUCAUACCAAAGCACUCAACCUGAUAUAAUGGUAAGGACCACUCCCUCCAUUCAAUCCUCCAAACACAUCUUCCACACAUACUCUCAUCUGCUCAGAGAGAAAAGUGGAUAUUUCGAUAAAGCACUAGACUCUAUGGAUUGGGCAAUAAGAGAACACCUUCCCAUAUCUCUCAUCGACAUCGAAUCCGACGUAUUUGCGCUUGUACUAAAAUACAUUCACAACGAGACUAUUGUGAUCAAUGCACUAGAUGCUCAGAUGACAUUAAACCUCCUCGUAGCCGUAUGCAAACUGCGAAUUAAAGGCGGUUUCAUCGAUCUGUUGGACGCCCACUUCCAAAUCUCACACGGCCGCUGGCUACAAGAGAACAUCAACCUCGUCUACAAUUCACUGAAACCACAUUUCAAACAACUGACCUACAUCUCCUCAUACUGCGAAAUACUCUUCACUAGUUAUCCGGUAGAAUUUAUCUUUGCCAAAGACUUUACACGUAUCACCAAAGACACGCUAAUAUCACUGUACAAGAAUAAACUACCCAUCAGCGAAAUACAAAAAUGGAAUAAAGCGUUAGAAUGGGGGAAAACGCAGGCCAGGCUCACUGGGUGCCCGAGAAUAAUUCCAGAAUCUGUCGAGCAUUGGAGGCCAAUACACUUCUAUGCAGUUGGAAAGGAGAUUGAGGAAGUAGUCGGAUACAUAAAGUUUUGGGAUUUGCAAUACAACGAAUUUAUGACUCACGUCAAGCCAUUCAAGAAAAGCAUCCCCAAAGACAUAUACUAUCGCGCGUUCCGUGUACAAAUAAAGGAAAAUAGAAAAGCACAAACACAGUCGGUAGUAACGGAAUCAGGGUUACCCUCCAUCGAAGUAACGGCGCCCACACCAAGGACAACGAACAACUCAUCAGACAUCCAUUCGAACAGAUCAACUCUCUGCGGAUCCGUCACCAGUGACGCUACCACAGUGACCGGUAUCGACAACGAAGAAAUCGUUUUAGAUGACACGAACAUUAUCUCUUACAACAAAGUAAAGGGUAAUGAACCGAUUGAUGAAAACGAUGCAGUAGAAAAGGUGAAACCUGCUGAUGGUGACGGUCUUGAGACUAACGUUCAGGCGCGUAAGCAGCGUCGAAGAAGACCCAAGAAUAUCAAGCCGUUGGUAUCCAAGGGUGUUUACGAUGUCAUUGAUAAAGAGAACGCGAAAUCUCCGAAAAAUAUCGACAAUGAGAAUAUUCAGUGUUCAAUGAAGGUCGAUAAAGAAAAUGGUCACUGUCCAAGUUGUGUCGGUAAAGAGGCUAUCUACUCUCCCGUUCACGUUCUCAGAGAAUACACUCAAUCCUCCCGUAAGCACAAACGUUUGCUCGAGCGCAGUAGCACUGCACCUGCUUCUGGCCUCGGUGCUUUUCUUGUACACGUGAGAACAAACGAUAACAGGGAAAAGUUAUUGCUCGUCAAGCAGCGAUCCGAUACAGAUGGAAACGGAUAUACGGGAAGAAACGAACCCGAAUAUAUAGAAGAAGCAGAGCUUGUGGAAGAGGUAGACGGUGUUAUGGUGAUUAAAGGUGGUGGCGCAAGCAGAAGUCGAAAGGGAAGAAAGCAUAGAAGAAAUGAUGGUAUUACAAAGACUGGAAAGAAAUCGCACAGCCAGGGUGAAGAUGAUACUAUUACUCCUACAAAGGAUGCAUUCCCAAGAAAAUCACCGACUUCUGCGCAUCCUUUCGUCCAAGAAACCUCAACAUGCGUAUUUCCUCAUCGGCGCAGUCUGAGAGCUCCUCCUCGUCCGAAACGAGAGUUUGCCAGCAAGAACUUGCAAUGCAUCACGCCAAGGAGUAGUAACGAUUGCCACUACUCUGACGAAUUCGCACUUACUCCUGGAGCUAGUGUGUACCCGCGUGAUUUAAACGCAUCCUUCGAGUCGGCGCAAUUGUUCGAAGAAGAAUGCCUUCCGUUACUAGCUUCUUGGAUCAAUGAGUCUUUGGGAUUAGGUGAUAGCCAUGAAUAUUGGUAUAAGCAAAGACAGCAACGCAUCCGUGAGAUUACAGACGACGACGAGGACUGUGCACAAACUCCAACAUCUGUCUAUUUCUCCGCGCCUUCUUCUCCAUUAUCUUCGCCACUUGAUUUCUUCCCGUCUUCUCCGUUCUCAAAAGCUUUUUCUGAUGAUCAGUCACCUCUACCAUCUCCACUCGCUCUCUACCGCACGCCAGUUCCGGCGCAUCAACACGUCUCGCGACUUCCGCAGCCAAGCUUGACAAUUCAUCUUCUCUACAACACCGUUCUUCACUCUCCAACUCUAUCGGCCUUCCAUCCGAGACGUGACAAUACAAGCGUUACAGCAACAGUCGUUGAACCGCGUCUUUCCUCUGUCUUUCUCGGAGGAGAUAAUCCAUUCUCAGGAUCGUCUUUGCCUGAACACAAGCGCAAGAAUGCCCGCAAUACGGUCAAAGUCUAA